ACAGGAAAUGAUGAAAUGAUGCAGAGAGAACCAGUGGCUCCUAAUCUCAUUCAUUGUACAUGAGUACAUCCAAGCUUAAGGUAAGUCAGAUGCACAAUUUUUAAUCGUGAUUUUUUUUUCAUGCGCCCAUGGAAAAGAGAUACUAAUGUCAUGAACAGCUUGAUCAUUAAAAUGGGCACCGAGCAAAAAGAAGUGGAGCCUGCAGCUCAUCUACCUCCACCAGAACAUGGAUCACCAGAGAAGAAGACGAAUCCUCCUGCAGAUCAUCUGGAGGGGCAAGCAGCUAUGUCCACGGACCCUCUCGACACAUACAAAUGGCAAACUGCCUCAAAGGAAUCGCUUCAAGAGAUGACGGGAGACGGAGCUGCCUCUGCUGCAACUACAAAUGAGAGGAUUCAAAAGGGCAACAAAUGGAACAAGAUGCAAUUGUGGCGUAAGACACUGAGCGAGGAAGACAAAGCAACCAAGAUGAACUCAACGGGAAAGAAUCCCUUCCGAAGAGCCCUUUCUUUGCCUCCCGUGUCGUUUUUUACCACCCUGACCCCGUCCUCCAACUCUACCGGUGCACCACAAGGAGAACCGUCAUCAUCCUCUGCUGCAGAAGCCACUUCGGACCCCGAGCAAGGAGGAGGAGGGGCCCGCUUCAAAAAGUACUGGAGGUCUGUGUCUCAGAAGCUCAAAAGGCCCAAAGUGCACAGUCGGAACAGCACCCCGACGUUGUUACCAGGUGAGCACGAAGCUGUGUCCACAGAACUCCAGAAACACCAGUGGACGCAAUCCCCGGAGGUUACCUUAUGGAACAUUAGCAACUGUGUUCUUCAAGAUGGACAGAUUCUCAUCUGUACCGAGGAAGAACCAACAAUGUGGACCCGAAACCGUGGUAACAGCUGCCUGUCCAAUCUCAGCAUGCAGAAUCUUGUGGACAUCGACGCAGAAUGUAGUCCUGACCACGUGGGCCCUCGACCGAAGAAAGAAGAUGGCGGUGUCCGGGCACUGAUUAAGCGACGUCUUGAGAACAAGGCCAAGAGAAAUAGCAACACUCAACUGAACCACAUGGGUCUAAACAAAGGAAGCAGGCACUAUGGAUCCAAGGAGUCUGUAUCAAUUCCAGUGAGCCCUGUUGGAAGUCUGGAUCUAAGUGCAGAUCCAAGUAUUGUGGUCAGGCCAGUCCACAGCUCCAUUUUAGGGGAGAAGUACUGUUUUGAGGUCAUAAACUUGGAGAACACACACUGCUUUGGCUGUUCCUCAGCUGCAGAGCGGGACCGUUGGAUCGAAGACCUGAGAAGGGCUGCCCAGCCCAAUAAGGAUAACAUUGAGCGCACAGAGAACUCCCUAAAUCUGUGGGUGAAGGAAGCAAAGGAUCUACCUCCCAAACGGCGUUAUUACUGCGAGGUACACUUGGAUGGGACUCUGUUUGCCCGUACCACCACUCGCCCUGUUGGAAAGGUGUCCAGUCGUUCCAUCCUGGCUGGGGAAAGCUCGACUGGCUCUUCAGGAAGCCUGGGCGGCAGCGGGGGUGUUCCAGAGGGAUGUCACUUAUUCUGGGGAGAGUUCUUUGAACUUGACAAUCUUCCCUGCAUCUCCCAAAUCACCUUGCACCUCUUCUGCGAAGAAGACCCCAAGAAAAAGCGCCAUUCCCGAGAUGAGUUCAGUCUGCAUCCACUCGGGAGUGUAAAUAUACACUUAGCUGACAUCCGAGGGAGAAAGUAUCAGGAAAAGUGGUAUCCCAUCAUUCCUUACAAGCGCUCAGGCGUAGGUUGCAGCAAAGAGAAUCUAGGACCACAGGCUUCUAUCCGCAUCAAGGCCCGUUUUCAGAAUCUAAAGGUUCUACCGAUGGAGAAAUACAAGGAGUUUGCCGAAUAUGUGACUGUGCAUUAUGUGGAAAUGUGCAAAAGCUUGGAGCCACUUCUGAAUGUGAAAGAAAAGGAGGAGCUGGCUGGGGCGCUUGUGCAUGUGCUGCAGAGUAUUGGCAAAGCAAAGGAGUUUCUUGUUGAUUUGGGCACCGCCGAGCUCGAACGUCUUGGAGAGAAGGAGGCUCUUAUCUUCAGAGAGAACACAAUUGCCACGAAAGCCAUCGAUGAAUAUAUGAAGCUGGUUGGACAAAAAUACCUUAUUGACACACUCGGGGACCUCAUCAUACGUCUCUAUGUGAUGGGGAACAACUGUGAAGUCGAUCCCCGCAAAUGCCAUGCCGCUGAACUAUUCAACAACCAGAGGAACUUGAGAGAAGUGUGUGAGGAAGUGGUGCGGAAAAUUUUUGACCUCCAUGGAUCCUUUCCUGAAGAGCUGAACAAGAUUUUCUCAAGUUGGGCGGAUCUGUGCGAAGACCAAGGAAGACCAGAGAUUGGUCAACGUCUCAUCUCUGCUUCCCUCUUCCUUCGCUUCUUGUGUCCCGCUGUCCUCAGUCCGUCUCUUUUUGGUUUGACACAAGCAUACCCAGAGCCAAACACCCUGCGCACGCUCACCCUAACGGCUAAAGUCAUCCAGAACUUGGCAAACUUCACACUAUUUGGAGAAAAAGAGGAGUACAUGCUGUUUAUGAAUGAAUUCUUACAGCAGCAUUUGGAGAGAAUGAGGGGCUUUCUCCAAACAAUAUCCACUCCGUAUGCUGAGAUCCCAAUGAGCUCUUUUGAUGGCUAUGUGGAUCUACCUCUGCGACUGGCCGUGCUCCAUGGCCUGCUGGUUGACAUCAUCUGUCUGAGGGAUCAGGAAACAAUUGAAAAAUUGCAUCCUCUGCCUUGGAUUCUGAACCAGAUAACAGAGUCACUGGGCCCUGAGAUGCAUCAAAUCACAAUUAACAGCCCGAGGAAACAAUCCAAGCCAAUGUACAUUCCUCCAAAAGACUUGAGCAAAUUUAGCCCUCACCAAUCAUCCCUCCAGCAGCUUCCUCAGGACUCCAAGAGCCCAAGAGAUGGAGAUGUCAAAGCUUGGAGGAGGAAGCCAGUCACCAGAACUCAAAGUGCUCCACACAGACGUCCUGAAAAAAAACUGAAGAGGCAGACAAGUUCUGAAGCUCUUCCCACAACUAACCAUGAACAAGAUUUGGAAACAAACCAGCCCCUCAUCUCAUCGCCAAAAACAAGUGAAGCGAUCAAACCAUGUGCACCAGUUCCCUGGAUUAAAGACAUACAAAACAGGGAGCCCAGAGAGAACCAGUCUGGGCAGGAGGAACUCAGCUUACUCGACAGGCAUGCCCAAGAAUUGUCAGAGCUUCGCCUGGGAAUGGACCAAGUGACUGAGCGUGAGCUGGAAAUGGCAAAGCGACUGGAGGACUUCAUUAACCAAACUCAAGACCAGAAUGCAAUACUGCAGGCGGAAAUGAAUGAGCUCCGGAAUCUGCUGGCUGUGCGAGAGGAGCAGCUUGCUAGCGCCACCUUCAGGUUGGGUGUGAUUGAGGAGGAGAGAGAGGAUGAUGAGCGCAAGCUGAAUGUCGCAGUUGCAGCAGCUGAGCGGAUGAACAUACUGGAGGAGCAGUUUGCCAGCUUGAUGAAGAACAUUCAUUAGCUCAAUAAGUCACAUAGCAAUGAACAAUCUGAUGAAAGUUAACAAAUUGUCAGUAAAGGAUCAUUUAGAUCUGAGGACUUGCCACAGUUUUGUAGAAUUACAGUGUUCAACACAACUGAGCAGACCACCCGAGUAUGCUUUUCAGCCAUUUCUCAGUGAACACAGCGAAGUUUAUUUUUGCUAUACGGAACAUUUAUUGGUAUGUAACAUAAAUGUAUUUGUUCCAGAAAAUGAAAUGCCGUAUUUGUAUGCACAUUGACAAAUGGCUUAACAAUCAAGAGACCAUUAAAUAUUUUGUGACUUAGUACACCAUAUACUGUAAUAUAAUAACUCUCACAGCAAGUACAAAGUUUUCCAGCAAAUCUGUUGGGGUGUUUUCAUUCAUGUUAAGCACUGGAUAGAAGAUCAAAGUUCCCCCUCAUGUCAACUCACUCAGUCACAUUUGGUUCACUUGCACAAUCUAACGAGGUACAAAAUUAAGCCUUUAUCCGGAAUUAUGCACAUACAAACACAACAAAUACUCAGUAAUUUGCGAUUUUGAAGAACUGCACUGUAAAAAGUAAUUUUAAUAUUUACAUAACAGAUGGAUGGAUAAUAUCUGAUUAAGCCAGAGCUAGGAAAAGUAUGGCCCGUGCGCCAGAUUCGGCCCGCCCACGGUCUCUAACAGCAUAUGUAGUCAAUGCAAUCCACUUGAAGCAACCCCGCUGUAUUCACCCCCAUGAAUAAAUACGUGAUUCAAGCAGG